UUCGAAGGCAGCGCCGAGGUCCGCUCAGGGUGCCCCCCGGGUCUGCUUCGUGCCAGCCAGGUCCUCUCGGCGCGCUCUUCAUUCCUACUUGCACGGAUAGCUCUUCGCUCCACCGACUGCCGCCAUGGAAGCCAUCAAGAAGAAGAUGCAGAUGCUUAAGCUGGAUAAGGAGAACGCCCUGGACCGGGCGGAGCAGGCCGAGGCAGAGCAGAAGCAGGCGGAAGAGAGGAGCAAGCAGCUGGAAGAUGAAUUAGCCGCCAUGCAGAAGAAGCUGAAGGGGACGGAGGACGAGCUGGACAAAUAUUCAGAGGCUCUCAAAGAUGCGCAGGAGAAGCUGGAGCUGGCGGAGAAGAAGGCUGCUGACGCCGAGGCAGAAGUAGCAUCCUUGAACCGCCGCAUUCAGCUUGUGGAAGAGGAGCUGGACCGGGCCCAGGAGCGCCUUGCGACAGCCUUGCAGAAGUUGGAGGAAGCUGAGAAAGCUGCCGAUGAGAGUGAAAGAGGCAUGAAGGUAAUUGAGAACAGAGCCCUGAAAGAUGAAGAGAAGAUGGAGCUGCAGGAGAUCCAGCUGAAGGAGGCCAAGCACAUCGCUGAGGAGGCCGACAGGAAGUACGAGGAGGUUGCCCGGAAAUUGGUCAUCAUUGAAGGUGAUCUGGAGCGUACAGAGGAGAGAGCUGAGCUGGCAGAGUCCAAAUGUUCGGAGCUGGAAGAGGAGCUGAAGAAUGUCACCAACAACCUCAAGUCCCUUGAGGCUCAGGCUGAGAAGUACUCUCAAAAAGAGGAUAAAUAUGAAGAGGAGAUCAAGAUCUUGACCGACAAACUCAAGGAGGCUGAGACCCGUGCCGAGUUUGCUGAGCGGUCAGUAGCCAAGCUGGAGAAGACCAUUGAUGACUUGGAAGACGAGCUGUAUGCCCAGAAACUGAAGUACAAAGCCAUUAGCGAGGAACUGGACCACGCCCUCAAUGACAUGACUUCCAUAUAAGCUGAAAUGCACCAAAGAAGAGCACCUUUGCACGCAACGGAUGUUGGACCAGACUCUGCUUGACCUGAACGACAUGUAAAAGACCCUGCCCGCCCGCCCACCGGCCUCACCCUGGCUCCCCCACCCACCCACCCUACUGCCUUUUUUUAGCCAAUCCAGCAGGCAGCUUCCUGUUGGGGCCGGCUCUUGUCUUAAAAAAAGAACGAAAGAAAAGUUGACCUCUAACCCUUGAAGGGUCAAAGGUUAACCUUCCAGCUCUCGUUGCCAACUUAACCAAAAGCCUCUGCCAAUCCACCUCCCCUCUUAUUUUCUCUCCAGUUCCUCUGCACCCCCCCAAAUGAUUAUGGGGCCAUCAGACUGGGCAGUUGCCUGCAGCAUCACGAAACGAAAACCCAGCACGCAACAUGAUAUUCGGGGUGUGUGUGUGUGUGUGUCCGAGAUGUACAUUCCUUUGCAGUCGUGGGGGGAGAGGAUAAUUCUUUUGGAACGGGGAAGUAAAACGCCCCUUGCGAGGAACAUUGUGUAAUUCCUAGAGCUCACAAGCCUGUGGGCUUUUAGAGGUUUGCGGUUUCACCUCCUUGACCUGCCCUUUUUUUUUCCUUGCUGGUUUUUUUUGGGGGGGCGGGGUUUGGUUGGAAUGGGACAUUUCUGCAGCCUGUGGAAAGGUUGCAAAUGUCCCGCCUGAGCCAGAUAAAUGGGAAAAGCCUCAUGAAAUUUAUUGAGGGGGACAGGAAUGUGGCCUCUGUACAAAGAAAUCCCUCUUAAAAAAAUUUUUUUAUGGGGGUGAGGGAGUACCUAGAACUUCUUUGCUUCUGGCAGAGGUGUCCGUGUAUGUGUGUGUGUGUGUGUUUUGCCAAAAUGGUGCAGUCUUAACACACUCUCUUGUGCUUUAUAGCUAUUUCUAGUUUGGGGAACACAACUAUAUCAAAAUAUAUCAGGUUUCAUGAUCCAUUUCGCUCUCUAAACACGCACCUAACUCUUUUCCUCGAGCACCUUGGCCUUCUCCCCUCCUUCAAGCUUCUUACACCUGGUUACUAAGAGCAGGCUGCUCCCCAGUCUCCUGUAACCAAGAAAUCUCUCUUCCCCAGCUAGGUUUAGCUUGCUCUGUGCUUUUUUGAGUAAAAAAGCUUUUGUAGCUCCUGUGUAUGGGUGUGUGAGCAUGAGGAGAGGAGCUCUCUUUUUAUCCUAGUGCUCUUCCGGACACAAGGGGUUGGCUCCUUCCCCUUCUUGAGCCGCGGGAUCUUACUGUACUGUCUUAAAACAAAACAAAAAAAACUGGAUACCAGCCGCCACAAGGCCCUUUGCUGUUUGGAGACUUGAUUUAUCAAGGUGUGUGGGGUUUAUUUUUGCCUUUGUGUAAAAAAAAGGAGGGGAAGGAGAGAGGAAAAAGUGUUCAUAGUGUGGCGGUCUUUUUUUUUUUUUUUUAGCGGCCAGUGUGAAAAAAAUGAGGAACCAUAUCAAGUAUUUUGAUACUAAAAAAACUUGUCUUUUAUUGUCUGAUUUUUUUGGGAAAUAAUAAACAGAAGCAUUCCCUCCA